CCGGCCACCACACAAGGACAGCUUCGCUUCCCGACUGUUUUGGCGGCAAAAUCCGAAGUCUAAUAGUAGCCAACUAGGGUUUCUCUCACUUUCGAUCGAGCAACGUACAAUUGUUAGAUGGGGUUUCUACUCUGAACUGCUCAAUUCGUUCAAUUAGGGGCUUCAAUGGAAGCGGCAGAAACUCCAGCCGAUUCUCCAACCGCGAUCAAACCUAUAAACAAAGGCGCGGUCCACAGAAUCUGCGCCGGCCAAGUGAUUCUGGACCUCACGUCCGCGGUGAAAGAAUUGGUGGAGAACAGCUUGGAUGCCGGCGCCACCAGCAUCGAAAUCGCUCUGAAAGAGUACGGUGAAGAGUGGUUCCGGGUCAUCGACAACGGCUUCGGUAUUUCGCCCAAUAACUUCAAGGUUCUUGCGCUCAAGCAUCACACAUCAAAAUUAUCUGAUUUUCCUGAUCUUCAGUCAUUGACCACGUUUGGAUUCAGGGGGGAGGCAUUGAGUUCACUCUGCGCUUUAGGGGAUUUGACUGUGGAGACUAGGACGAAGAAUGAGUCAGUUGCGACGCAUUUGACUUAUGACCAUUCUGGUUUACUGGUAGAUGAAAAGAAAACAGCACGUCAAAUUGGUACCACAGUUGCUGUUAAGAAGUUGUUCUCGAAUUUACCAGUGCGAAGCAAAGAAUUCAGGCGCAAUAUUCGCAAGGAAUAUGGGAAGCUUAUUUCAUUAGUGAAUGCAUAUGCCUUAAUUGCAAAAGGAGUCCGGUUAGUCUGCACCAACACAACAGGGAAAAAUGUAAAGUCUGUGGUAAUUAAAACACAAGGAAGUGAUUCUCUUAAAGAUAACAUCAUUACAGUAUUUGGCAUGAACAUCUUCAGCUGCUUGGAGCCUGUGAAUAUAUGUAUAUCAGACAAUUGCAAAGUUGAUGGCUUCCUUUCCAAGCCAGGACAGGGUAGUGGACGCAACUUAGGAGAUAGACAAUUCUUUUUUGUAAAUGGUCGACCAGUGGAUAUGCCUAAGGUCAGCAAGCUGGUAAAUGAGUUGUAUAAAGGUGCAAACUCCCGGCAAUAUCCAAUUGCAAUCAUGAACUUUACUGUCCCAAGAAGAGCAUGUGAUGUCAAUGUAACUCCUAAUAAAAGGAAAAUAUUUUUUUCUGAUGAAAGCUCCAUAUUGGUUGCCCUGAGGGAGGCUUUACAACAGAUAUAUUCCCCAAGUAAUGCCUGUUACUCUGUUAAUAAAGUUGAGGAGCAUACUGAGGAAGGACGUGAGUUGUGUUCUCCUCAUGAGAAAUCUCCUUUGUUGUUAAAACAAUUAUCUUCAGAUGGCAGUGAUAUAGAAGUAAUUGAGGAGCACAUUAUGGAGGGUGGAACUCCUCUCAGAACUGAUGAAAACGCACAGCAGCAAUUGCAUGAUCUAGAAGGAUCAAUCAAAAAUACUACUGACAAAUUAAUGGAGAAAAAUUUCACUCUCAGAGUACAUGGCACUAAGAAGGCUGAUAACAGUAGGCAAUUGACUGGUCGCCUCGAUAAUGAUACAAUCGAUCAAAUUGCUUCCUCCCCUUCACGAGCAGUUGACAAUGGAAUUACUGCAAAUACAGAUUCACGAAGUCGUACAAGCUGUGUUCAAUCCUCACUUAACAAAUUUGUAACUGUUAAUAAAAGAAAGCAUGAAAAUAUUAGUACAAUGCUAUCUGAAAUGCCUAUCCUUAGAAAUCAAACUCUUUCUUGUCAUUUAAAGAAUAGUGAUUCUGAAAGGCAUGAUGCAGUUUCAAGAUACCCAACAAGCAAUGACCAGGUUGAUAGUUCUGAUAUAAUGAAUGAGAAUGAACCUUCAAGGUAUCUUAGAGCAGACAGGAUCAUCAAUGAAAUUGGAAAUCCACUUUCUUCUAGAGGCAGUCCUAAUGAUGGAGAACCCAGAAAGGAACCAGAGGAUCAAGAGAAAGUGGUGCCUUCUUCUACUACAGCCUCAGUUGCUUCAUCUAGCAAGGAUCUCAAAAAUACACCAGAAUAUCUUUCAGUUUCUGCUUCUUUGAAUUCUUCUGGUCCCAUACUAGAUGCUCCAAGGCCUUCUUCUGGUCUGCAGAGAUGUUCCACCUUGCAAUUUAGUUUUCAAGAUUUGAAGACAAAGAGGCAGCAGAGGCUGUCCAGAUUGCAAUUUACUGGUUAUAAACAUGGAAAUGUGAAGAUGAAAAGGUGCUAUGCCGCUGCAACUUUGGAGCUUUCUCAACUGGAUAAUGAGGAGCGCAAGGCAAAGGCUUUAGCUGCAGCUACUACUGAGUUGGAAAGACUUUUCAGAAAGAUGGACUUUGGUAGAAUGAAGGUAAUUGGGCAAUUCAACCUGGGGUUUAUCAUUGGGAAGUUAGAUCAAGAUCUAUUUAUCGUGGAUCAGCAUGCUGCUGAUGAGAAAUUCAAUUUUGAGCAUCUUUGUCAAUCAACUAUCUUGAACCAACAGCCUUUGCUCCGGCCACUGAGGUUGGAGUUGUCUCCUGAAGAAGAAGUGGUUGCUUCAAUGCAUAUGGACAUAAUUAGGAAGAAUGGCUUUACUUUGGAAGAGGAUCCAUAUGCUCCACCUGGGCAACAUUUUAGAUUAAAAGCUGUCCCGUUCAGUAAAAACAUUACUUUUGGAGUUGAAGAUGUCAAGGAUCUGAUUUCUACUCUUGCCGAUAGCCAAGGGGAAUGCUCAAUAAUCGGUAGUUACAAAACAGACACUUCUGACUCUGUAUGCCCAACCAGAGUUCGUGCAAUGCUGGCUUCACGUGCAUGCAGGUCGUCUGUUAUGAUUGGAGAUGCGCUAGGAAGAAAUGAGAUGCAGAAGAUACUCGAGCAUUUGGCAGACCUGAAUUCUCCUUGGAAUUGUCCGCAUGGCAGGCCAACCAUGCGUCAUUUGGUUGACUUGACAACCAUUUACAAAAAAUCAGAAGAAAAUGAUGUGAACUCUUGAUGGAUCUGUCCUUGAAUAUACACCGGCCGGGGAUUUAUUGAACGUAUUAUCCGUAACUUUAUGUAACUUUAUAAAUCCAUGUAAAGAUACUGCAUUCACCUAUAUUCAGGAACUCCAUGUAUAUAAUUUUGGGGGCUGGAUUUCUGGAUUCUCUAUUAAUUAUCAAUUAGUUUACUCUGGAAGAUAAAUUUUAAACC